AUGGUCAAAACACGUAAAUCCAUGCCAAUACGACCUACACCAGAAGGCGAGUCUUCGGACACAAGUGAAAAGCAGACAUCCCAAAAACCGUCAUUCAAGUCUUUAGUAAUCAGUCGAUUAGAGGAGAAAGAGGAACUACAACAUUUGAAUGAUCGGUUUGCUCAGUAUAUCGAAUACCUCCAUAAAAGUAUUUUUGGUAAAGAAUUCCGUUGUCAUAUUGAUCUUUUAACGGAAUCAUUGAAGGACAAAUUGAAUGAUUAUGCAGAAGGUUUUGCAAACGAAGUUGAGUUAUUGCGUCAAAAUCUGGAUAAAAGUUCAUUGGAGUCAGCAAAUGCUAAAAUUCAAUUGAAAACAGCUACAUCAGAACUAGAGGAAACAGUUAAACAGCUAAAACGUUCAAAAGCUAAAGAGACUGAUUUAAACUCUAAAGUUGCUUCUUUAACUAAUCAGUUAUCUAAAUUACAAAGUGAAUUGGCAGAUUGUAUACAUUAUAAAACAGAUUAUGAUUCUUUAAUGGAACAACAGAAAAUGCUAAAAUCUCAAUUAGAAAAUGAAACUCUAUUGCAUACUGAUACCAAAAAUAAACUGUUAACUGCUUUGAAACAGUUGGAGUUUAAGGAUCAAUUACUAGAUAAGGAACGUAAUAUAUGGAAUAACGAAUCAAUUCAGUUACAUUUAACAUCAAUAAUUAAAAAAGCUGAAAAUAAUUAUCAUGAUAAGUUACAGGAUUUACUGUACGAUUUACGUUCACAAAUGGAGAUACAGUAUAAUGAAGCAAGAAUAAAAGUAGAGGAAGGCUUGAAGGCUAAUUUAGAUGCUGAGAAAUUACGAUCGAAUAUGCUAGAAAGAGAUCUUAUGAAUAAAGUUAAAGAAUGUCAACGAUUAUUAUCAUUAUUAUCUUCACAUACAAAUGAUUUAUCCAAUUGUCAAGAUGAAUUAGAAGCUGCAAAUAAACAGAUUCAAAGUCUUGAACAAAGAUUACAAGUGAAUGAGGAUAAAAUGCAUAGAAUAGCUAGUCAACAUCGUGGUGAAAUAGAACGCCUUCUAAAUCUAUUAGCUGAUAAAUCAGCUGAAUGUACUGAAUUAAGUGGAAUUAAAAUACAAUUAGAUGCUGAAAUUGCUAUGUAUAGAAAAUUAUUAGAAUGUGAAGAGUCUCGCCUUGAUAUAUCUCCAGAUAAAAAAAUGACAGGUAAACCAAUUAUUCGAAUAUCUACGGGUAAAAAACGUUCAUAUGAGAAGUUGUCAUCUUCAAUACUGACAGAAUCGCACCCAUCAACUUCAAGUUCAGCUAAUGUUGAUUUAGAUGCUGUAGUUGAUUUGAGUAAAUCUGUUGUUGUUACAACUGAAAAUUCUUCAACUUGUCGUCGUCCUUUAACUACCACUUCUAUAUUUCCACGUCAUUCAUCUCGUUCUACUUAUUCCACUAUUGCAAAAGAAACAAUGGAUUCAACAGAUACUUUACAUUUAAGAGCAGAGAUAUUGGAAUCAAUGGAUAAUAAUUUCAAUUUGGAGAAAAAUAAUCUGUCUACAUCAUCAUCCAGUUUAGUUGGAAAUUCUUUGCGUAUAACAUGUCGUUCUGAUGGUCCAAUACAUUUUGCAAGUGCUGAUCCAGGUGAUGGUUUAGUACGUAUUUAUAAUGCUAGUGAAAAUGCAAUUGAUUUAGGUGAUUGGCGCCUGUAUAGUGGUCCAACACACGAAGGUUCAUUGGAUUAUGCAAAACUUUACACCUUUCCAAAAUCUCAAAUUUUACAACCACAUACAGAACUACAGAUUUUUCUUUGCUGGGCAGCUGAACCUUCACAAGUAUCUGCUUCUAAACGUUCUCGUCAUCAAGUUACUGCAGUUUUGCAUUUAAUCACUCCAAUUUCUGUUUGGAAUCCUUACAGCAGUUUAAUUGCCUUACAAGAUUCAGUUGGUUCUGUUCGUGCUACUUGUGAAAUGGAGCCAUGUAGUGAAAAAUAUUUGCGGACAUCAAAAGUUUCACAUAGUAUUACUGACACUCAUCGUUCCGGUGAUACUUCAACUGUAUUAAUUGGUUCAGAUGAUAAAACUUCUUCAGCUUUUCAUCAAGAAGUGAGUACACAAGACGAAGAUCAAAAUCGAUCUAUACCGAGGACAUCAAUAGGUCAUGGUGAUUAUUUUGAUUUCCCACAGCGUCGUCUUAGUUCACUUGGAUUUCGUAAUACUAUAUGGCCAUGCGAAACCGGUUUAACAGGAAAUGGAUCAAGUGCAUUUACAUGUACAUUAUUGCAUCAACCAAUAAAAUUUCUCAAUCAGAACAGCGACAGGAACAGGGAGUUUAAUUUCCCGAAGUCUCCAUCACAAGAAGAUCAUAAAAGAAAGAUUUCUUCAUCUGAAAAUGAUAAUGAUACUGAUUUACCUUCAAAAAUACUAUGCAGCGAUGAAAAUAAAUUACCUAAUGAUAUUUCAUCAUCCCCAUCAUUAACCUUGAAUAAAACAUCUUCAAAACUUCUCUCAGGAAAUAAUCCAUUAUGGCCAAUAGGUAAUAUGAAAAAGAUGGUCAACAAGAUUUCAGAAGUAGAUACUAUUACUAUGAAUAAAAUGAUAGCUGAAUGUCGAAGAAAAUUAUCUUCUCGGUCAAAUAAAAAUGUACUCCAAUUAAUUCAAGGUAUAUCAAAUGAAUGGUUUGUUAUAUUACUGCAACAAAUUGAAAGUGAUAAAUUUCAACAGUUGGCUAAUUUUAUUGCUAAAGAACAAAGUAGUGGAGUAACAAUCUAUCCACCUAUUGAACAAAUUUUCUCAUGGACCAAAUUAUGCUUACCAGAAGAUAUACGAGUUGUAAUCUUAGGACAAGAUCCAUAUCAUGGACCGAAACAGGCACAUGGUUUAGCCUUUUCAGUAUGUCGACCUGUACCUGCACCACCCAGUCUUGUCAAUAUGUAUAAGGAGAUAAGUUCAAGUAUGAAUUUAGUGGAUUGUGAGAACUGGCCACCGAAACAUGGUGAUUUAACUGGUUGGGCAAAGCAAGGUGUACUUUUGUUGAAUGCUGUAUUAACAGUACGCGCUUCAGCCCCCAAUUCUCAUAAAGAUAAAGGAUGGGAGUUCCUAACAGAUGCAGCUAUUCGUUACUUGAAUAAAAAACGUUCGAAUCUAGUUUUUAUGCUAUGGGGUGCUAAUGCUCAGAAACAAGGUCAAUCAAUUGAUCAUAAUCGUCAUUUAGUAUUGAAUGCUCCACAUCCAUCACCUUUAUCAGCUAAUCGUGGAUUUUUUGGUUGUGAUCAUUUUGUUAAAGCAAAUGAAUAUUUAAAACAGCAUAAAAUUCAACCAAUUGAUUGGAUGAAACUAGACUAA